CAGACUUCAAUAAACUCCUGAAUUUUUUCCCAUCACAAGACCCAGAUGGACAACAGCAGCCUGGACCCUCGGACCCCUGAGCCCUCCGACACCAGCCUCCACGGCACCGCCCCACCCUGCACCACGGAGCGCCACCAGGCCUCCCGCCUGCUGCUCUACAGCCUCCUUAGCGCCGCCGUGGUCUGCACCGUGGUCGGCAACCUGCUGGUGGUCCUCUCCAUCGCCUACUUCAAGCAGUUGCAGUCCCCCACCAACUGCUUCGUCAUGUCCCUGGCGGUGGCCGACAGCCUUGUGGGCCUGGUGGUGAUGCCCUUCAGCAUGCUGCGCACCCUGGACGGCUGCUGGCGGCUCGGCGCCCUCUUCUGCCGCCUGCACUCCAGCCUGGACGUCAUGCUGUGCAGCGCCUCCAUCUUCCACCUCAGCUGCAUCGCCUUCGACCGCUACUACGCCGUGUGCAACCCGCUGCUCUACUCGCUGGUGAUGUCGCGGGACCGCGUGGCGGCGCUGAUCGUGGGCUGCUGGGCCAUUCCUAUGCUCAUCUCCUUCGGCCCCAUCAUGGGGGGCCUCCACGCGGUCGGCGUGGAUGUCCCCCUGCCCCCGGACGUGUGUGUGCUCCUGGUGAACCGCGCCUACGCCGUCACGGCCUCCCUAGUGGCGUUCUACCUGCCCAUGGCGGUCAUGCUGGUGGCCUACUGGAAGAUCUACAAGGCGGCCAAGCGGCAGGCCAUGCAGAUCAGCGCCAUGGAGAGCCAGAUGGCAGCCGGCGUGGGGAAGGACUCGAGCAAGAAGCAGCGGCACCGCAACGCCAUGCGGAGAGAGAGGAAGGCGGCCAAGACCCUGGGGAUCAUCAUGGGGGUCUUCCUGCUCUUCUGGAUGCCCUUCUUCACUGUCAACAUCGUGGACCCCUUCAUCGAGCACAGCACCCACGCACUGGUGUGGGACGUGUUCCUGUGGCUGGGGUACAUCAACUCCUCCCUCAACCCCUUCCUUUAUGGCUUGUUCAACCGCUCCUUCCGCAGGGCCUUCCUCAUGAUCAUGGGGUGUAGGAUCUGUCUGCCCGGCGCGUCCCCCAGAAUAGACCUCUCUCAGUCUCAGGAGGGUGCUGAGCGCACUGAUCAGCAGUAGAGCGCUUUCUGUUGUUUUUGUUUGUUUGGUGUUGGAUUUAGGGAUUUAGGAUCCCAUUAUAUUCCGUUUCGUUCAUCAUCACAAGGGCUUUAGGCAACUCGCUUAUCUUAGAUUGGUUCAGGAGUGUAAACACAAGUAGAAAAUGAAGGAAUUCAUUAAAGUACACAUUUGCGGUGCCAGAAAUAGCCCACUCAAAGGGAUUGAACCAAUGUAUUAUGUGAUUGUAUAUUUGUACAGCGUCUCCAGUAUUUUCAAAGCUGCAAUGUGUCAACUUACUUUGGAAACAAUAGGCUGACAUAACUUAAAGGAUAAGAGCUUAAAUGUAAUUAUCUUUGUUAGAAUUUCUCAAGUUUAAAUGAUUCCCAUUUUAUUUGGAUGCAAAAUCACAUUAACGUAGCAUCCUAACAACAAGUGUCAGCCCCUUAUGAUGAUCUACGUAAUAUGUUUGAAAGAGACAUUCAAUGAGGUAGUGGCUCCGACCCAACAGCCGCGGGAUCAGCCGCGGCGACGGGGGCUGGAGCCACUCUGUUCAGACGGCCCGACUCUGACUCAGAUGCGAUGCACAAAAUGUCAUAGAAAUAUCAACAUAAUCAGCAUUGUUAAUCCCAUCCGCCAUCGUUUAUAGAAAGGGGCUAAAUGUAAUAAAUAAGCUUUACUAAAUCAUAAAAUCCACGAUUGGUCGUCAGAAAGUAAGGAACAAACUUCUCCUUUGAAAAUUCAGUUCCAUGUCUGAAGUUUUGUUUUUGUUUCGGCCUUGUGUUAUGUUUCACCAUUCCCUGAGUCCUCCGGGUUCCCAGAUAUUAAACCAAUUGGCACAGAAAAACAGUCUGCUGCAGCACCAUGGCCAGAGCAGUUCUAAAACACGGGUUAAUCUUAAAGAUGCAAUUGUUCAAUUGUGCAAUUCAAGGCAAAUGCAACAUGAGCUCAUCAUUUGCCGACAAAUAAGUUGCAGAUGUAUACAUUGGCUGAUCAACUGGACUACUCUUUGUCAUUUGUCAUAAUCAAAAAAUAUAUUUUUUGCUUGCGUCAAAAUAUCAUGUUGCGCUCGGCUUGUGUUACGCUCGAUUUAUUUAUUGUUCUCAACCUGGCAACCCACUUGGGCCUCAAGUCUGGGGAGGAGGGUGUGGGCGGAGACACCUCUCUCCCGUAGGAGGAAUUUGGACUGCAUUACCCAUUGGAAACGCUUGGUGUCAAUGUAACAUAUCGUGUUUGAAGAAUGCUGAACCCUUCAGAUGAGAAGGGUAGGGCAAAGUGGUUUAGUGGGUAUUGUGCCAAGUCAGUUCAACUGUAAGAACCUAAGAGUAUAUAAGUUAUAUUUUGCAUUUCUAAUCUGUGGUGAUGGCAAAUCGCUUGCUGGUCUACUAGUAUGGUUUCCAUAACAGCUG